CUUUCAUUUCUUUCAUCAUGGAAAAAUCAAUAAAAACUGAUGAAAUCAACAAAGCAGCUGUUGCUGUUGAAGUUGAAGCCAAUUCUGUCCAAGGGAUGGACGGUGAUGGUGUUGAUGAACAAGGCGGAGAGACAUACAUGGAAUGCAGGCGCAACUAUCUUGCUCCCAUUGGAAGAUACAUUGUAGACGGUUGCGAGAAGUUCAUGAAGAGAUCAGCUAGCGAAGACCAAACCAAGGAAGCCCUCUUUUGUGCAGGGUGUGGAUGCCACCGUAGCUUUCACCGGAAAGUAAUGCCUCCACAGCCUCAUGUCCAAGACAAUACCAGAUUCCACCGUAUUAUGGACUUUCUUUAUUCCCUUCCCCUAACAAGGCUUGAACCUCGACCGCCAGCACCAUGGCUGAUGCGAUCACUACAGCAGCAGCAGCUUGCUAAUUAUGAACUAGUUGAGGGUCAAGGGUCAUCCUUAAGCCCAGAGGAAGGUGAAGAAAAGACUGACUCUGAGAGCGGGGAUGAAGUUAAUCAGGCAGUAUAAUAAAUUAAUUAGCUUUCCUUCGUUUCUUGUAUGUUUUACUACUUUUUCUUGUUCUCUUCUGUAAUCAUGGAUGAACGUUAUGUAUGUUUCUUCUAGCUUUUGUCUUCAUGUUACUUCUAAUUAAAA